UUUGAUUAAGCUUGUUACAAGUUCACUUGUGGGUGGAUGGGAUAAAGUCAUUAUUCACACUGAUUUCGUAACUUUGGCUUUUCCCGUCCAGUAAAAACCACAAUACAUUUUUUUUUAUCGGCUUCUUAAUUUUUCGCCGUGUUCUACACUAAUCAAUUUUGUUGAAACACGACAGCCAGAGCCUAGAGGAACUCCAGAACUGACAAAAAAUCCUCGUAUCUGCUUCCAUUCAGCAUUGCUCUCAUUCUUUACCAUAGCCAUGCAACUCAUUCUUUCCUGUGUUUUCCUGGCAUUUUGGAGGGGAUUGGUCAUAGGGUCCCGCUGUCCUCUGAAUGACUUCCAGCGUUCCGAGGGAAGGGAACUGGUUCCUACCUCCUGGAACUCUGCACGGGUGCUGAUACUCCCAGGGCUGACGCUGGAGGACUGUGCCAGACGAUGCUCAAAUACACUGGACUGCAGAGCCUUCAACUACGAGACGCGUCCCUCCAUCACCUGUAAACAGCUGCCAUGGGUGGAGGAUGGCAGCAACGCAGAGGUCAAGAGGAACGUCAACUGUGACCUUUAUGAGAAGAAGGUCUACGUAAGAAAGUGCAUUGUGGGUAAAGGAGAAGACUAUCGAGGCAAGGUGUUCAUGACAAAAAGUGGCCAUACUUGUCAACAGUGGUGGUCAAAGUUCCCACACGAUCACAGAUGGACACCCACAGCCACUAAUGGCUUGGAGCUGAACUACUGCAGGAACCCAGAUGGGGACCGCAUCGGGCCGUGGUGCUACACCACUGAUCCAGAACGGCGUUAUGAGACCUGCAAUAUCCCCCACUGCAAAGAUGAUGUGUGUAUCACAUGUAAUGGGGAAGACUACAGGGGUCAGGUUGACCACACAGUGAGUGGCAGAGAGUGCCAACGUUGGGACCAGCAGUACCCACACCAACACAUCUACCAGCCUGAGAAGUAUCCAGAUAAGAGCUUGGAUGAUGACUACUGCCGUAACCCAGACGCCUCCCCUGUUCCCUGGUGCUACACCACAGACCCUGAUAUGGAGAGAGAGCGCUGCGAGAUCAGCAAGUGCUCUGUGGUUACAAAGAGACGCCUCCGGUCCAGCUACACCACAAACUGUUUCCGUGGUCGCGGGGAGGAUUACCGCGGUAAAGUAAAUGAGACGACCGGCGGUAUCGCCUGUCAGCGUUGGGACGCCCAGUACCCGCAUGAGCACCCCUUCUACCCAAACACCUACGAAUGCAAGGGCUUGGAGGAGAACUACUGUCGUAACCCAGAUGGAUCCGAGGCACCCUGGUGCUUCACGUCAGUGCCUGAGAUGAGGACGGCUCUUUGUUUACAGAUCAAACGCUGUGCAGACGACAUUGAAGCUGAGGGUACACUGCCCUCUGGUGUUUCAAUGGGGCCGAUGCUCUCUCAAUGCAAUCUAGAUUGCUACCAUGAAAAUGGUAAAAACUACAGGGGUGUAGUCCGUAAGACGCGUAAGGGCAUCACCUGUCAGAAGUGGAGUGUCAACAUGCCUCACAAAACAAAGAUAAACCCAGGGACCCACCCUGAUGCCAACCUGACAGAGAACUACUGCCGGAACCCAGAUGGGGACCAACACGGACCCUGGUGCUACACCACUGACCCCAAAACAGAGUUUGACUACUGUGCCAUCAAGCAGUGCGCUGGGGAGAAAGUGUCCAUCAUUGAGCCAGCAGAGAUUGUGGAGUUUAAUGAGUGUGGAAAGAGAGAGGAUCGUUUGGCCAAGAGCCCAAUACUGCGUAUUGUUGGUGGGCUUCCUGGAAACUCUCCCUGGACAGUCAGUCUCAGAGACAGGAAAGGAAACCAUUUCUGUGGAGGCUCCCUGGUUAGCUCCAAAUGGGUGAUCAGUACUAAGCAGUGUUUCUCCUCUUGCUAUGUUGACCUUCCGGGGUACUCGGCCAUGAUGGGGACAUUGUUUCGUAACCCCAUCGUAGGAGAGCCAGACCGACAGACUAUCCCUCUCACCAAGAUCGUCUGUGGACCCUCUGAGUCCCAGCUGGUCAUGCUACAACUGGAAUACCAUGCCCAGUUUAACGAGCGUGUGUCUCAGAUAUGCCUGCCCCCUGAACGCUACAUAGUUCCAGAAGGAACCCUCUGUGAGAUCGCAGGCUGGGGGGAAACUCAAGGCACUUCAACAGAUGACUCUGUGCUCAAUGUGGCUCAAAUACCAGUUCUAAGCAACAAGGAUUGUAACAACUACUUUCGGGGUCGUGUUCGGGAGAACGAGAUGUGCACCAACUCCUUCCAGGGUGGGGUGGGUGCCUGUGAGAGAGACUAUGGGGGCCCUCUGGCCUGUCAGAACAGUGACUGCUGGGUGCUUGAGGGAGUGAUCAUCCCCAUGAGGCGCUGUGGACACCCAGGCCAGCCUAACAUCUUCAUCCGUGUCUCUGUCUAUGUGGACUGGAUUAAGAAGGUCAUGGAAAUGGCUUAGUCACAAAUACAUUAUGUCACCAAGCAGUGACUGGCUCUAUGUUCUACUGGACUGCAAUACAUUUAUCCACUUUCACCCCCCUACCCAUAGCUCACAAUCCAUGACCACCUAAUUGUGAUCCGUGACCAUCUACAUACAAUUAGUUAAUAUACACUGAGUAUAUCAAAUAUUAGGAACAAUAUUGAUUUGCCCUCAGAACAGUCUCAAUCCUUCGGGGCAUGGACUCUAAAAGGUGUCGAAAGCAUUCGACAGGGAUGCUGGUUGAAUGCUGGCCCAUGUUGACUCCAGUACUUCCCACAGUUAUGUCAAGUUGGCUGGAUGUCCUUUGGGUGGUGGACCAUUCUUGAUACACACAGGAAACUGUUGACCGUGAAAAACACAAACUGAUGCACAUGGUACCUACUACCAUACCCUGUUCAAAGGCACAUAAAUAUUUUGUCUUGCCCAUUCCCCCACUGAAUGGUACAUAAACACAAUCCAUGUUUCAAUUGUCUCAAGGCUUAAAAAUCCUUCUUCAGCCUGUGUCCUCCCCUUCGUCUACACUGGUUGAAGUGUAUUUAACAAGUGACAUCAAUAAGGGAUCAUAGCUUUCACUUGGAUUCACCUGGUUAGUCUAUGUCAUGGAAAGAGCAGGUGUUCUUAAUUUUUUGUACGCUCAGUGUAUAUUGUUGUGUGUUAUUCUCCAAUCUUAUGACAAAAAUAUAAGAUAAAAAUAACCAUGUUUUCCCUUGUCUUCUGUCUACGUGUAAUCAAAAACAAUAUUAGGCAUUUUGAUCUGAACAAAAUAACCAUAAUCUUGUGGUGAUGACAUUACAUAUUGAACCUUGGCACUGACCUCAGGAUGUGCUUGUGAAGGACAUGCCUCCUUAACCUCAUGCUUCCCAACAGCGUUCCCACACCCUUCACUAAAACUGCUGACUACCAACCCCUCCCCCCACCCUCUCCAGUAUCUGAUGGAGCUCCAAAAUACCUUCUUUGCCCUCCAGCCUCUAAAGAAAUCCCUCAUCUGCCUGUUUUUUGAUGCCUGCCCCCAGCUCUAAAAACAUGCCUUUGUGCCCCAUCCAGAUCAGUACGCGUUGCACAUUCUUUCUGGUUCUAUAGGAGGAGUUUUGUAACUCGGUCCUGAUGAGCCCAUGGAAUUCAGAUUAAAUACACCUCAAGAUCCGAGUCCAGCGGAAUCUCACACACCAGCCUGCAGAGGGGCAGUGAAUUAACUCUCUCCCUGUCACUCGCUCUUGCAGUCUCUCCCUCUCUCUAACACUCACUCAAACACACACACACACUUUAGCACAUUCUUAUUAUUAUACACAAACAAAUAUAGAUACUCACAUAUCCACAUACAGUAUUCACAAAUACACACACACUCAUUUACACAUAGAACCAAGAUAAUUAAACCGACUAUUUGUGUACUCUGAUUCAACAAAUAAGUUUAGCAAAUGAGUGCUGAUUUUACUGGCUUCGGUCAGUUUCAGUGGCAGUUUGGCAGUUCAUGCUGCUCACUUUCGUGAAAUUAUGUUUAUAAUAGAUGACUAAUCAAAUACUUAUAUGACUUAUAGUUCUCAUUUAUACUGCAGAUAGUUGACUGAUAGUUGACUAAAUGGUUUAUAAAUGAGUAACAAAGUAACUCAAAUCUCCAGUCAUGCCCUCUUCUGACUACGUUUUAGAUUAAAGCAUUUAAGAACUUGUAAUUUCAAUUGAUCUUUUCAAUGUGAAUAUAUCACCUUGUUUUGAGCAAGCUGACUCAUUUGGCUAACAUGCCUUUUUUGGUCAUAUGGGGUUUUAUUUUCUGUAAAUUAGUUUUCUCUUCAUAACUGUUUGAGUAAUUCAUUGUUAUUCUCAAUAACCCAUACCUUUAUACGUGUAGCCUAUAAAGCAUUUUCAUUAUG